CGAUCUUCACGGAUAUGGAUUCCCCUCCCUCCGCGCCAUCACUGGACACCGCUAAUCACGCCAUCUUCCAUCCCCGUCCAUUUUUCCGGCCACCCGAGAUCGCGCACCCCUCCGCUCUCUCCUGCGGGCUGCGCCCACUCGCCUCCUCCCCUCCUCCCCUCCCCCCUCCGACGACGGAGCGGCCAGCGUAUCCAGGCGGGGCCGCGGCUCGCGACCAGCGCGGCCGGGCCCCGGGCAGGAGCGCGCGCAGCCCCGCGGCGAGAGUGCGGCAGCCCGGUUCCUGCCCGUAGCUCGACGAUAGCCUCGUCGAUCCGCCGCCCCUGCCUCCCCCGCCGCCGUGCCACCCCCACCCGCCAUCGCGGGCCCCUGCCGGCCCGCGCGCCCCUGCUUCCCCCGCCGCCGCGCCACCCCCACUCGCCGAUCCGUCCCCCGCGUACCCUCAGCUCCAAUCCCGCCCGCGAACCGCGCCUUUCCCCGCCAAUCAAGCAUCCCCAAGCGCCGCAGCGCCCCCAUCCCUUUCCCCCGCACGGCAAUCUCCCUCCGCCGCUCCCUGUCCUCGUCCGCGUGAUUCCGCCGCCUCCCCUCCUUCCACUUCCAUCUGUGUCGUUCUCCUCCGCCCCUCCCCAUUCACAUCAACGCUGCAGCGCUAGCCUGCCGUUCCGGCGGCGACUACGAGGCCGGGCCGCGCAGGCCGGGCGAGCUGCAUCGGGGCGGGAGAGCCGCGUCGGCGCAAGCGCGGCCGUGAAGCCAGCGCGAGCGCGGCGGGGCGAGUGCAGGGGCACUUCAAUCCGCUCCCUUUGCAGGCUCGGCUGUAAUUUACUUCCCCAAGUCGAAGAAUCCAAGAAUGCAAGAAGGGAUCUACAUAUAGAGGUUGUGGAGACUCUGGCUCCCAACAUGAUUACCGGAGAGUCUGACCCGGCAGCUGUUCCUGCAGAGAGUCCUCACGGUAUUGAGGUUGGCGUUGAGUUCAAGCCGGGCAAUACGGAUUGUGGAUCUAUGGAUGGUUAUAUGAGCUUGGAAACGCGUCCCUGUCUCAUUGGGUUUUCAGUGGGCCACUACCGAAUGAGCCCGUCGGCCAAUUUUACUGGGCUUGAACCGACCUCUUGCAGGGCCCACCACCGUGAAGCUCAAACUACCCAUUACGCACGCCGUGACCACAAAACCCACGGCGGCACGGCCCCAUUCGGCGUCCGCUUCCGCUAUAUAAAGCGCCCCAUCGCUCCCCACCGAACCCUAGCCGCGCCCCUUCUUCGUUUCCUCCCCGCGCCGCCGCAGCCGCCGCCUCUCGCUACCGCCGCCGCCAUGGGCCGAAGACCUGCGAGGUGCUAUCGCCAGAUCAAGAACAAGCCAUAUCCCAAGUCGAGGUACUGCCGUGGUGUUCCUGACCCCAAGAUCAGGAUCUAUGAUGUUGGAAUGAAGAAGAAGGGAGUUGAUGAGUUCCCCUACUGUGUGCAUCUCGUCUCUUGGGAGAAGGAGAAUGUCUCCAGUGAGGCUCUUGAGGCUGCCCGUAUCGCAUGCAACAAGUACAUGACCAAGUCUGCAGGGAAGGAUGCCUUCCACCUCAGGGUCCGGGUUCACCCCUUCCAUGUGCUCCGUAUCAACAAGAUGCUUUCGUGCGCUGGGGCUGAUAGGCUCCAGACUGGAAUGAGGGGUGCCUUCGGCAAGCCCCAGGGUACCUGUGCUAGGGUCGACAUUGGCCAGGUUCUCCUUUCUGUGCGCUGCAAGGACAACAAUGCUGCCCAUGCCAGCGAGGCUCUGCGUCGCGCCAAGUUCAAGUUCCCUGGUCGCCAAAAGAUCAUUGAGAGCAGAAAGUGGGGCUUCACCAAGUUCAGCCGUGCUGAUUACCUGAAGUACAAGAGUGAGGGUAGAAUUGUGCCUGAUGGUGUAAACGCGAAGUUGCUCGGUAACCAUGGCCGGCUUGAGAAGCGCGCUGCUGGGAAGGCUUUCCUUGAUGCUGUUGCUUAAGUUGCCCAGACUUCUACCGCAGGAAUGCAAUUCCAGAUGUUUUGCGUAGUCUAUCUUAUUUUGCUUUGUGGAACUUGAAUUAAGUGUUUGGGAUAUUACAGUGCCUUAUCCGAGCUUAUCUAUCUUGUUAAACAUCGUUAUGCAUGGAAUUAUCUGUUACUUGCGUCAUGGGAUUACAUCUCACAUCGGCAUUAUGUGAUUGGGAAUGUGUCGUUAUCUGUGUCUGAAUGCUUGGUUUCUGAAUUA